AUGGCGAAGGAGGGGCAACUGGUUUUCAUGCAAGUGACCAUAACGGCACUGGGCCCAGACCUUCACUACCGCUUCAGAGUCAUCAGUACAAGAACGGAGAAGGAGAGGCUUCUUCUCGUGGAAGCAACUUCCGCAAGCCCUCGCGACCAAUUUUCAUUCAUCGUGGGGCCAACACAGGAGGAUGUUGACAAAACGAGUGCACCCGGAGGAGUAACGGUCAUCUACCUGGAGCCCACGUCAAAAAACAGCCUGAGAAAUUGUACUUUUCAGGACAGAAGAGUUGCAAUCGCCGCGAGAGCAGCCAUGGAUGGAUGCAUGUGUCUUGUAUCCUUCCCCUCCGAACAGCGCACACUGCCAAGAGUAAAACAUCGGGCCAGCACCGCUGCAGCCGAGGCGUUCGCAACGAUGCGGGACAUGGCCAUUGCCGAAGACGAAAGCGUGUUUCAGUGCUUCGCAAAAUGA